GUCCAAGACUCGAACUCAAAAGCUGCUCGAUUACUAGAUGAGUCCUAAUUAACAAGCCAAGCCUCGAGCAGCUUCCCUCCUGCUUUUUUGAUCUCCACCCGUUGCAUACCGCAUACAGAGAGACCGUAUAUUCCUUACUUCAGACCCGAAGUCGGCGUCUGAGGAUUCGGAGUAUACGCCACCAAACGCCUCAAAUGGGCUCCAAACUACGACAAACCUCUGACUUUUCGACGCACCCCACGUUUCCCUCCGAAUUCGUCUGAUACCCACUUCAUCGGAGGUACCUUGGAAGCAAACAAUCUUGUCUAAUCGGGGGAAAAAAAAAUGGCCUCUCUGUUUCUUCGACGGAGACUCUCCGCUUCAGUGGUUUCUCGUUAUGUCCUCAAAGAUUACUUGGAGUCUGACUGGCUGGCCUGGAAAUUGGAAUAUGUAUCUUCAUGUAGAAGUUGUAAUUGCUCAAGGCACUUUAGCAGUUCCAAUAGUGCUACAAAAAUAGACUUCACAGACCUUACUCAGCCUCACACAUGGUACCCGAAUGCUCGAAGAAAGAACCGUAAUGUUGUUCUACAUGUGGGUCCCACAAACAGUGGUAAAACAUAUCAUGCGCUGAAGCAACUGGAGUCCAGUCCUACUGGUGUUUAUUGUGGGCCAUUACGACUGUUGGCAUGGGAGGUGGCAAAAAGGUUGAAUAAGGCAAAAGUUCCUUGUGAUCUGAUUACUGGACAAGAAAGAGAGGAAGUAGAUGGUGCAAAGCACAAAGCUGUGACUGUAGAGAUGGCGGAUAUGACCUCGGACUAUGAUUGUGCUGUUAUUGAUGAAAUUCAGAUGGUAGGUUGUAAGACAAGGGGUUUCUCCUUUACUCGUGCUCUGCUAGGAAUUUCUGCUAAUGAGCUUCACCUUUGUGGAGAUCCAGCUGCUGUUCCUCUGAUUCAAGAAAUACUUAAAGUGACUGGUGACAACGUAAAGGUUCAAUACUACGAGAGGCUUUCACCCCUAGUUCCUUUGAAGGUUCCUCUUGGGUCUUUCUCUAAUAUACAGACUGGUGACUGCAUUGUAACCUUUUCACGUCGUAUGAUAUACAAAUUAAAGAAACAAAUUGAACAUAGAGGAAUGCAUCUUUGUUCUGUAGUUUAUGGCUCACUUCCACCUGAAACUCGAACAAGACAGGCAACAAUGUUCAACGAUGCAAGCAGUGAGUUUGAUGUUCUUGUAGCAAGUGAUGCCAUUGGGAUGGGUCUCAAUCUUAACAUUUCUAGAAUUAUUUUUUCAACAUUAAAAAAAUUUGAUGGUACCGAAAUGCGGGAGCUCACUGUUUCUGAGAUCAAACAGAUUGCAGGGAGAGCUGGCAGGUAUGGAUCCAAAUUUCCUGUUGGGGAGGUGACUUGUCUAGAUGCAGAAGAUCUACCUUUACUUCAUUCAGCAUUGGAGUCCAAGUCUCCUGUUCUAGAGCGUGCUGGAUUGUUUCCAACCUUUGACCUAUUGUAUAUGUAUUCCCGUUUGCAUCCAAAGAAUGGCCUCCACCAGAUAUUGGAGCAUUUUUUGGAGAAUGCAAAGUUAUCUGCCAACUAUUUCAUUGCAAAUUGUGAGGAAAUGUUGAAAGUUGCCGUUGUAAUUGAUGAGCUGCCCCUGGGGUUGCACGAUAAGUUUCUUUUCUGCAUUAGUCCAGUUGACAUGAACGAUGAAAUUUCAUCUCAGGGUAUCACCCAGUUUGCAACAAAUUAUUCAAAUAAGGGCAUCGUUCGGCUUCGAGAAAUAUUUAAGCCGGGGACACUUCAGGUUCCAAAAACGCCUACAGCCCUAGAGGAGCUUGAAUCUAUUCACAAGGUUUUGGACCUCUAUGUUUGGUUGAGUUUUCGACUUGAAGACUCCUUCCCAGAUCGUGAGUUGGCGUCUUCACAGAAAGCACUCUGCAGCAUGUUGAUUGAGGAAUUUCUGGAAAGGCUGGGGUGGCAGAGGCCCAAGGGAAAAGCAUUGCCACGCCGUACAAGCUUAAGCUCGCUAUUUCCCCAAGAUGUCAGGCAAUAUCUCUAAAGAUGAGUGUUAUUCUCUUUCCAAGAAACCCGUGUGCAACACACAAAUCUUCAUGCACAAUUGUGCGGCUGGGAGUGAAUAGCGACGCGACAAGAACUUUUGGGAACACAAAAUCCUUGGCAAGCUAAAUCUCGCGAAAUUGAAGAAAUCUUUGACCUUUGUGCCACCUCUUUUGUGCUCCAUUUGAAUGCGGCUUAAUCAGUUCGGAUCAGGCUGCUUGAAGUUAAACAGAAACUUUAUGCGGCUGCUGCUGCUGCUCUCAACCGGGAAUCCUACUUCUGACUUUCAAUUCAUUUUUGUUUUGGCAUCUUUCAAUUGUUACCUUGGAAAAUAUAUACUAUCUUCGUAACCUUCAGAAUAGAUAAAUUAUUUGUGCUUGGUGGAUGAAAAUAUGGAGUUGGGUUCGUCUUUGUAGCUCCGCAAAUUCAAUUUUAUUUAUCAAAAUUACAUGCAGAAGUA